AUUAUUUUUGGAAGUUUGCCAAGUCCUGUGCCGGAUUGAUGACGCGAAGGUCCGUCGGAUUCGACCUGUUUCGAACGACAGAACGAUGGGCUAGUCGUGUUUGAGCGACAAGCCUUAUCGUGGAUGACGUACACGAGGGCGGGAUACAGUUUUGAAUCACGUUCGCGAUAAAAUACAUCGAAUCAAUAGCUCCGUUUCGUCAAAGUACACGAAACAGAUACCUUCCUGACGUUGCACCGAGUUGUCGAAUUGAGGCGGUCAUUACGUUAAAGUGUUUUAAAUUGGAAGACCGCAAUUGGAACGGUUCUGCCGAUAAAUAGGCCAUUGCCAGGCUCGCAGAGAUAUGACAGGAAACGUACGAGAAUGAAAUAUAUUUUUCUGAAAUUGACCGAGACGUCCACGCCGGAUGUUCCGCCGUUAACGACAAUUACAUUUCUUUCCAAGAACGCCGUCACCACGAAUCCGUUUAUGGAAAGUCAGCUGUAUACGAGGCGACGAUGAAAAUCUCCCAUUCGAUAAAAGUCUUACAUAAAUGAAAGAGAACCCGACCCGUUUUCGGAUAUAUGAAGCCCCGUGGGAGAACGUUUUCUUCGAACGCAACCUGAUCGCGGUGGACUAAAAUCGUCACGUAUUUUUUAAAGAUCAAAGUUGAAUCCCUCAUCGAAAUAAUUACGAACAAGGUCUGUGUGAUGUUGGACAAUUUGACGAGCUACUCGUUGGCAAUGUCUCCAAGCGUUUCCUCCGUUUGCUUCAGAAUCGUUUCGACGGCGGUUGAUCGUAAAAGCGGGGGAAACACCAUCGACAGAAUCAGCCGCUAAUUUCAUGCGCCAAUAAUGAUCGGCCACAUUACCUUUGUGCAAACAGCGCCAAGUGCGAUGUACGCGUUGAAAUGUAUAACACAUAUCUCUCAAUUGCUCGAAGUUUGUUAAGAAGACAGGUUGCACCGGUAUGCGUGAAAAUCGUUCGGAUAAUCAGGCAGAGUUUCGUGGCGAGAGCAAAGCACUGGACGAUGACAGUAUUUUCCAUUUCAAACAUGACAGCCAGACAAACAAGGGUCGAGUUCGACUACGAAAAUGGUUAAUAGGCCUCCUAGUCUUCCUGUUGAUGUACCUGAUCAUCGCGAACACGUAUACCUCGGAUCAAUACCGGGAAAUGUGGUUUGGAAAUAUGGUCAACGACACUCUGUCGGAAAAUUACGUGGAACUAAAGCCUUUUUUCGCGCCCGGAGCCAAUUCUGGCUUCUUAGUAUGGAACAGAGGUUGUCGAAUACCGGCGAUGGACCCUUUUGAUCCAGCGGUGAAGCAGUUCAUUCAAAAGGAGGAGCCCAUCGUUUGCAAGAACGGGGAUUAUCUACCGCUGGUUGAUUCGAACGACACGGCAGUGUUCAUAAAUCCAGAGGCGAUACACCAUUUUUACAACAAUUCGAAGGAAAUCAACUGCUGUUGGCGUCCUUUCUGGCGAUUAAAAAACAACGAUAAUGUUGUUGCGUUCAGCAACAAUUGCUACACCUUCGAGAGCUCUGCUACCAUCAAGACCGAGUUCGUGAAAAUCGAAUGUUCGCGCGACAACGAAGUAAUAUACAAGGACUAUCACGCGUUCCUGCCUCGUUUCCGCUCGGUGGAACAGAAAUAUGAGAAAACGAGAACUGACAGCUCCAAGUCCGAUCACCUCAGUUUGCUGAUUGUUGGCCUCGACUCGGUUUCAAGAUUAAACUUUCAUAGAAUGAUGCCGAGAACGGUUCAAGCGUUGCAGGAUCUCGGAGUAGUGGAGAUGCUGGGCUACACAAAAGUGGCCGACAACACGUAUCCGAAUCUAGUGCCUGUUUUGAGCGGUUUGUCCGACGACGAGCUGCACGACUUGUGUUGGCAGACCAAGGACAAAACGUUCGACGAGUGUCCGUUCAUCUGGAAGAAUUACAGCGCGGCUGGUUAUCGUACGGUUUUCGGCGAGGACGCAUGCGCGAUGACGACAUUCAAUUAUUUGAAACCUGGCUUUCGCGAACCGCCGACGGACUAUUAUCUAAGACCGUUUUGCAUCGCCUCGGAGAAAGAUAUCGGCAACACGCACAAACUGAACGCGAACCUCUGCGUGGGAAGCAGAAAAACGUUUGACAAUUUGUUGGAAUACACACGAAAGACGGCCUCGCAAUUCACCGAUGAUCCAUACUUCGCUUUGUUCUGGCAAUCCAGUUUGACCCACGAUUUCUUCAACUAUCCGCAAUUGGGCGACGACUCCUACUACAACUUCAUCGCUCACUUGUCCAGCCAACAGCUGCUGAACCACACGGCGCUUGUGGUGAUGAGCGAUCACGGUAUGAGAUGGGGCAGCUUCCGCGAAACGUACCAAGGCAGGAUGGAGGACAGUCUUCCGUUUGUGUUCAUGGUGUUGCCAGCCUGGUGGAGGGACAAGUACCAAGUGGCCUGGGCCAACCUACGAAAAAAUACACGCAGCUUGACGACGGCUUUCGACUUACACGAGACCCUGUUGGACCUGUUGGAGUCGAAACAUCUGGAAGAAGGAAAUCUAAGAAGUCGAUCGAAACUGCUGUCGAACGAUAAAAGUUUACCUCGCGGGAUCAGCUGGUUCCUGCCGAUUCCUGACUAUCGGACAUGCGCAAUGGCGGGCAUAGCCAGUCACUGGUGCAUGUGUCACAGUAGCCACGACGUUCCUUUGAACGACGAGCAUCUACGUGACAAAGCCGUCUUUCUUGUCGCCGAACUGAAUGGAAUGUUGAAGAAGUUCGUGCAAUGCGCGACUCUGAAACUGAAAGAGAUUAGAGCCGCGAAAGCGUGGCAGAACAAAAGCGACAAUUCUGACCUCGUGGACUAUACGAUUACCAUUCAAACGGAACCCGGCAACGCGAUAUUCGAAGGAACGGUACGGCACAGAGAAAAGGAUAAGACUAAAAAAUUGGUGGGCUCGGUUAGUAGAUUAAAUGCGUACGGGAAACAAAGCGCUUGCGUCGACGAGUUCAACAUGAGGUUAUAUUGCUACUGCCUGUAAGAUUCAUCCUUAUUUUAUGCACAGUUACCUUUUCACGAUUCAUCUCCUCCUCUUCCCUGAUUCUUUCCGCUCAGCUCUAGCAGAAAAGAAGAUUAAUGAUCAUGCAAGAGAAAUCUACUUUUUGUAUCUUUCAUUUUACCUUUUUAACAGACGAUACCAAAGCGUUUAUGGGAUUUUUCCGAUUUAAACAAAUCCAAAUAUCACAUAAAUUAUCUCGAAAACAACACAUUUUUGGCAAAAAUGUUAAUACAGCAGAAUUAAAUUAACACAACAGUUUCUUAGUUUCAAGGGAAAAAUAUGUACGGCUUAUUUAUUUUUUAUUUGUUCGAUAGAAUAAAAAGAAUAAAAUUUUGUAUGUUAAACGAUUAUUUUUUUUUUUUUAUCAUAACUGCAUCUUUUUGAAGCGUCGAAUAUAUCCAUCUCGGUAAGAAUUAUUGUGAUAACGUUCUUACUUUGGUCCUCGAUCGGCCGAUGACGCGUCAUUUUUUACCCGUACGCAAGCUUUCAAUUUUUGGGCAUGUAUGUAUAUGUAUAUACGUUCUUCGAGACGAAAGGGUUAAUUAAACUUUGUAAACAAUGUACGAUGUUCGAUUUGUUAAGCGUCUUACCAGCAACUUUGGACUGGGUCCAGUAAUUGUACGAAUAAUGCAUAAAAUUUGAAAGAAACGUCGGCUUAGUUACUCGCCAAUUUGCAAGUACAAUGACUUCCAGACUUCUCACGUUCGAUAAGUCUAUAAUAUUUAAUCUUCUUGCUGUGAUAAGGAAGCAAUGUCAAUACUAAUUGGAUUUUUUUUAUUUUCUUUGCAGCUUUAAAGAAUCGAUUGUCUAAGAGCUUUU